UAACGACGCGAAAAGCAUUCAGGACGCGUUACCCUCCCAACCCACCUUGUUUUGUCCCUAGCUCACGUCACCCCCUCCCCACCAGACGUCAACAAUCGUUUGCAUCUGUCUGCUGCGAACAUGUCUUCUCCCGAGAAGCGUCGCUCCCAGCGCACUUCAGCAUCUGUCACACCCCGAAAAAGCGGUCGAAAUGGGCGGGGUGCAGGCCAAUCCAGCCCACCAGGGCCAGACGCCCAACUGCAAUCCGAGGCCUCUCAAGCUUCGCAGCGUGGCUCCCAGGCUACUCCCAGAAAUUCUAGAUUCCAGAGUGCAGCUACGCAGUCGCCGCUAUUCUUUCGCUCUUCACCCGCAGCUGGGUCAGGGGCCGCAAACAAUGCACCCGAGAGCGAUGGCGGAGCAACGCCAAAGGCCAGUGUUAUGAACAUUGGAGAUUCUUCUCCCAUCCGCUAUGCCUCCAGUUCUAGCCCUGGCAACGCUCGUCGUGCCCAGAAUACCGAUAUUGCGAGCAGCAGCAGCGCGCUCUUCGUUGGUGGAUACGGCGAUACUGGGGCUCGCAACCGCCGCAGCGAUGUUCAUUCCGAUAUUCUCGGUCCUAGCUCGACGGGAAGGCGCCGAAGAUUGUUCGUCGACGAGCAUGGUGUCGCUGUUCAUGACGCAUCGGAUGCCGCUACCUUUUCGAAUCUGAACCCGGAUACCUCAGACGCUGACGUACUUGGUGGCAACUCUUCCCGGGUCAUUUGGGGUACUAAUGUGUCCCUUUCCGACUCGAUGAGCGCGAUGAAGGAUUUCCUGUUCAACUUUCAGAGAAAGUACCGCAUGAUCCAGGAUGGCGAGUUAGAGGAGGGCGCCAAUCUACCGGCAGAGGACCCAGCCAUGGCAAAGGAGUACAUCGAAACGAUGAAGAUGAUGUUGGAAUUGGGUGUCACUCCAUUGAAUUUGGAUGCUCGAAAUUUGAAAGCCUAUCCUGCGACAAGGAAACUGUGGCACCAACUUCAAGCCUUUCCAAACGAGAUUAUCCCUCUGAUGGAUGUGGCUGUGAAAGAUGUCAUGAUCGAACUUGCUGAGAAGCGCAUGGCUGAAAUGCGUGUCCAAAUGUCGCAAGCUCAGCGUGGCCCACAACGAGGCCACGACUCCUCUUCCCUCCCACCAAUGCUGAGUUCAGAUGCUCCGACUCCUGGUGCGCCGUCGCCCGCCCCCGCUGGUAUCGAUAUCCCCGAUCUAGUCAAAGAGGUCGAUCAAAAGACAUACCGUGUCCGGCCGUUUGGCCUCGAUAGCACAACCAAUCUCCGAGACCUCAAUCCCGCUGAUAUGGACAAGCUGGUCAGUGUCAAAGGACUAGUCAUACGCACCACGCCAAUCAUCCCUGAUAUGAAAGAUGCUUUCUUCAAAUGCUCUGUAUGCAAUCACACAGUCAAGGUAGAUAUCGACCGUGGUAAGAUUACCGAGCCUACGCGAUGCCCUCGUCCAGUCUGCGAGUCCGCAAACUCCAUGCAAAUUGUGCACAACCGAUCUGGAUUUGCCGAUAAGCAGGUCAUUAAGCUCCAAGAGACACCAGACAAUGUUCCUGAUGGCCAAACACCGCAUUCGGUGUCACUCUGCGCAUAUGAUGAGCUGGUUGAUGUCUGCAAAGCUGGUGACCGUGUAGAGAUUACAGGAAUCUUCAAGUGCAACCAAGUGCGUAUCAAUCCCCGCCAACGAUCCGUGAAGAACAUUUUCAAGACAUAUGUGGACACGCUUCACAUUCAGAAAGUGGACAAGAAACGUAUGGGCAUUGAUGCAUCCACUAUUGAGGAAGAGCUCGCCGAGCAUGCAGCCGGGGAGGUACAAGAAACGCGCAAGGUCAGUGAAGAAGAGGAAGCCAAGAUCAAAGCGACCGCGGAACGUCCUGAUGUCUACGAGCUCCUCUCUCGAUCAUUAGCACCCAGUCUCUACGAAAUGGAUGAUGUCAAGAAAGGCAUCCUCCUUCAGCUAUUUGGCGGGACAAACAAAUCCUUUGAAAAGGGAGGAAGCCCCAAAUAUAGAGGAGACAUCAACGUUCUCCUUUGUGGUGAUCCCUCGACGGCCAAGUCUCAGAUUCUUCAAUAUGUUCAUCGUAUUGCACCUCGUGGUGUCUACACAUCUGGUAAAGGUUCUUCCGCCGUGGGUCUUACCGCCUAUGUGACACGCGAUCCCGAGACACGUCAAUUGGUCCUUGAGUCGGGAGCUCUUGUCCUCUCCGACGGUGGUGUGUGCUGCAUUGAUGAGUUUGACAAGAUGUCGGACGCAACACGCUCAGUUCUACACGAAGUGAUGGAACAGCAAACCGUCUCCAUUGCUAAAGCGGGUAUUAUAACCACUCUAAAUGCUCGCACUUCGAUUCUCGCCUCGGCCAACCCCAUCGGUUCCAAGUAUGACGUGAACCUUCCUGUGCCGCAAAACAUCGAUCUCCCGCCCACUCUUCUCUCGCGUUUCGACCUGGUUUACCUCGUCCUCGACCGUAUUGACGAGAUGAACGAUCGUCGCCUCGCUCGCCACCUGGUCGGCAUGUACCUCGAAGACACGCCCGAAAACGCUUCCCGCAACGAGAUCCUACCCAUCGAGUUCCUCACUGCCUACAUCUCCUAUGCACGCACCAACAUUCACCCCACCAUCACAGACAGCGCGCAGAAAGCACUUGUGGACGCCUACGUCGCGAUGCGCGCUUUAGGCGCCGAUGUGCGCUCGCAAGAACGCCGCAUCACCGCGACAACGCGUCAACUAGAAUCCAUGAUCCGCCUCUCCGAAGCACAUGCUAAGAUGCGCCUCUCAGAGGUCGUGACAGAAGACGACGUCCACGAAGCUGUACGCCUCAUCAAGUCAGCGCUCAAGCAGGCCGCGACCGACGCCCGCACCGGCCUCAUCGACAUGUCUCUCCUGACCGAAGGCCAGAGCACCAUGGACCGCCGCCGGAAAGAGGAUCUCAAGCGCGCGGUGCUGUCCUCGCUCGACGAGAUGGGUGGUGUGGGCCAGAGCGUACGGCUCAACGAUCUUGUCAAGAAGGUGCGCGAUGCGAGUGGGGAGCAGAUUGAGAAUGCAGAGUUUUUGGAGGUGCUGAGGUCUGCUGAGGCGGAGGGCGGUGUGCAAGUCACCGGCGAGGGACCCAGGAGGUCCGUCAAAAGGAUCGUCGGCGCUUUUUAGUCGGGGGAAUAGGAAUAUGUCAGAGAUGUUGCAGUUGAACUGACUUUCCCAAUGUGUUAUGGGAUGCAUAGCUUGAUU